AUGGGACCCGAAGCUCCUGUUCACAUAUUGGUGAUAGAAGCUGACAAUUCGAAUCCCUUGCACUUCACCCUGCACAUCAAGGCUACGGUUCCGAUAGGCGAGACACUUCCUGCCCUUCCCUCCGGGGCCAAAUUCAAGAUCGAGUGUGCAGACGAAGAUAGCGAGGGACUCACCGAACUGGAGUCUAAGCUUAUCGAUACCCCAGAGGGCCAUGUCAUGGAGGCAGACUUCCUGUUGGAUAUCAAUUUCCUGGAUGCCAAUACUCCUUGGGGUUAUGGAUUCGCCCAUGGAUACAGGUUCGAUGUCAAGCUUUCCAUCGAGGCCAAUACUAUCGCUGCAAUGCGCCAACUUCACGCGAUAUAG